UCCUUUAAAAGCUGGGCGGCAGGCACUGCACCCAGUGCUGAAGUCAGGGAGCCUCUGCACUGUGGCUGGGCCGGGUCCACCCAUGGCAUCACUGGAACCAGGCCUCACCAAGUCCCUGAACGGGGGCCAAGAGCAGAGUUACAGCACUGGCAGGAGCCCCAUGCCCCUGCAGCACCCUGGCACUCAGGACCAGACCUACCUGGAUGAGCUCAUCAGCAUCCCCAAGGGCACUGGGCCUGGGUUCAGCUUUAGGAAACUCUGGGCUUUCACCGGCCCCGGCUUCCUCAUGAGCAUCGCCUACUUGGACCCAGGCAACGUGGAGUCAGACCUGCAAGGCGGGGCACUGGCGGGAUUCAAGCUGCUGUGGGUGCUGCUGUGGGCCACCGUCCUGGGGCUGCUGUGCCAGCGCCUGGCCAUCCGUCUAGGCGUGGUGACCGGGAAGGACCUGGGCGAGAUCUGCUACCUCUAUUACCCUAAGGUGCCCCGUGUGCUGCUCUGGCUCAUGAUUGAGAUCGCCAUCAUCGGCUCUGACAUGCAGGAGGUGAUUGGGACAGCCAUUGCCUUCAGCCUGCUCUCAGCUGGCCGCAUCCCCCUCUGGGGUGGGGUCCUUAUCACCAUCGUGGACACCCUCUUCUUCCUCUUCCUUGAUAAGUACGGGCUCCGCAAACUGGAGGCUUUCUUUGGUCUCCUCAUCACCAUCAUGGCCCUGACCUUUGGCUACGAGUACGUGGUGGUGAGGCCAGGGCAGGUGGAGGUGCUGAAGGGCAUUUUCCUGCCCAGCUGCCCAGGCUGUGGGCGAAAGGAGCUGCUGCAGGCCAUGGGCAUCGUUGGCGCCAUCAUUAUGCCCCAUAACAUCUUCCUCCACUCCUCCUUGGUCAAGACACGGGUGAUCGACCGCUCCAAGAAGGAGGCAGUGCAGGAGGCCAAUAUGUAUUUCCUGAUCGAGUCCUGCCUGGCCCUCUUUGUCUCCUUCCUCAUCAACCUCUUUGUCAUGGCUGUCUUCGGCGAGGCUUUCUACCACCAGCGAAAUGAGGACGUGCACAGCAAGUGCGUCAACAGCAGCGUCAGUCACUAUGCCAGCAUCUUCCCCACCAACAACAAGACGGUCUCUGUGGAUAUCUACCAGGGGGGUGUCAUCCUGGGCUGCUAUUUCGGGGCAGUGGCAUUGUACAUCUGGGGCAUUGGGAUCCUGGCAGCAGGACAGAGCUCCACAAUGACUGGGACUUAUGCAGGGCAGUUCGUCAUGGAGGGCUUCCUGCAGCUCCGCUGGUCCCGCUUCACCCGGGUGCUCUUCACCCGCUCCUUUGCCAUCCUGCCCACGGUCUUGGUGGCUGCUUUCAAGGAUGUCACCCACCUCACAGGCAUGAAUGACCUGCUCAACGUCCUGCAGAGCAUCCUGCUGCCUUUUGCCGUCCUGCCUGUCCUCACCUUCACCAGCCUGCACCCGCUCAUGCAGGAUUUCAGCAACAGCCUCCCAGGGAAGGUGCUGAUGACCCUCAUCACGGGGCUGGUCUGCGCCAUCAACAUUUACUUCGUUGUGGACUUUCUGCCGACACUGCAUGGCCUGGAGUACCACAUUCCCCUGGGCCUGCUACUGGCUGCCUACGUGGCUUUCGUUGCCUACCUGAUCUGGACAUGCAGCAUCGCGCAUGGAGCCCGGUUCCUGGCCCGGGGCUACCACAGCCGCUUCAAUUUUGGUCUCGCCCUCGACCCGACAGGCACAUGGUGACAGAUCCCAUCCCUGCUUAUUAUCCUCACGUCCCUGCCCAGCGCGGCCUCCUCGCACGGGGUUUGCUGCCACUCCGAGUCCGGGGAUGUUUUAGCCAGAGACGCAAGGCAGACCUCCCCCCAAGAUGUUAGCGCUUCUCCCCAGCCCCAAGGCCCGCCAGUUGCGGGGUGCAGCUCCAGGCUCGUUGAGAGGGGAGCGGGACAGCAGCGGGAGCUUCUCCCAGCCCUCGGCACAGCCGCUUCA